GCUCACGGCCACAGCGAUGCCACCUAAGUCGAGCACGACGAAACAAGCCGGUAAGGACUUGCGUUCUUUUUUCGCUGGUGGGGCACCGGGGUCUGCUCAGAAGCAACCGCAAAAGUCAACCGCGGCAAUAAAACCCGGACAUGGGUCUGCCAAGGAAGACCCCAUCGAAAUAACUGACAAUGGAGCCAAUCCUUCCAAGGUCAAAGCCAGUACGAAAGCCGUCCAACCAAAUAAUAUAUCGAUGACCAGGUCCGAGCAGGCGAUGCUCGUCGACAGUGACGAAGAAGAACACGCUCCUAUCGGAAAACGCACUUCCGCGUCCGCCUCCAGAACGACUCCGAAGGCAGCGUCGUCGAAACGAAAACGAGUGGUUUCGUCCGACGAAGAUGACCAUAUGACGGAGAAGGAGAUUUCGCCUCCUCGAACGAAGAAAAAAGCCCAAGUGGCGUCGUCUUCGAGAAAGGUUGCAGCUGCUACUGUUAAGGCAUCCGCUGGUGGGCGUCGACCAUCAGCCCCGCGGCGUUCCAAACCUGCAGAUGACGAUUUUGUUGUAAGCGAUGACGAGGACGAGGACGACGCGUUUGAUGAUGCGGAGGAGGAGGAAGAGGUCCCAAAGAAGAAGAGAGUCAACAGGGCGAAGGCGCCAUCAGGAAAGACGAAUCUUUCGCCAACAAUGAAUACCAAAUCCCCUUCUAAGAAACCUCCUCCCCCAAUCCAAACAGAGGAGCAGAAUGCGGCUUCAAAGACCAUUCCAGCUGCAACGGCCGAACCCGAACUCGCAGCAACGACCUCUAAAUUUAACUGGGCAGCUGCCAAAGCCGCCAAACUAGCGGGUCCGAAAGCUCCUGGAUCAAAGCCUAUCCCGGAACCGAAAACUCAAGACUGCCUUCUCGGUCUAUCAUUCGUAUUUACUGGUGAAUUAACUAGUUUUUCGAGACAGGAAGCCGUGGACCUUGCAAAACGUUUCGGGGGACGUGUCACACUGCAACCCUCUUCUAAGACUUCGUACGUCGUGUUGGGCGAAGACGCAGGUCCCUCCAAGUUAGCAGCGAUCAAGAAACAUGGAUUGCGGACGCUUUCGGAGGAUGAGUUCCUCGAGCUUAUUGGGACGCGUGUGGGGCCGAGUGGGAUGGAGAGUGGUGCGAGUGCCAAAGGUGCGGGACUGGAUGAGAAGUUUAGGAAGAAGAUGGAGCGGGACGAGGAGGCAAUUCGAAGUGCGGCGAGGGAGAUGGAGAAAAGAGAGAUCAAAGAGGCUAAGAAAGGCAAGGCACCAGGGGGACAACUUGGGAGGUCGACACCAGAUAUGUCAACCCAGCUAUGGACUACCAGGUAUGCGCCGAAGACUUUGAAAGAGAUAUGCGGGAACAAAGGGCAGGUAGAGAAAUUGCGGCAGUGGUUACAAGAUUGGCCAUCAAACCUCAAAUCUAACUUCAAGAAACCCGGAAAGAAUGGUAUGAACGUUUACCGCGCCGUCCUAAUAACUGGCCCCCCAGGAAUAGGAAAAACUACUUCUGCCCAUUUGUGUGCCAAGGCGGAGGGUUUUACGCCCAUCGAGAUGAAUGCGAGCGAUACGAGGAGUAAGAAGCUUGUCGAGGAAGGAAUGAGUAUUAACAAUCUCUCGCUAGACGGAUGGAUGGCCGGAAAAGAGACGACCAAUGCGCUUGGUGUGACCGUCACGGACCGGACGUGCCUCAUUAUGGACGAGGUGGAUGGGAUGUCGGCGGGUGAUAGAGGUGGCGUGGGUGCAUUGAAUGCCUUGAUUAAGAAGACUAGGAUCCCCAUCAUAUGUAUCGCCAACGACGGAGGCGCGCAAAAGUUGAAACCAUUAAUGCACACGACGUGCAAGUUGCCAUUUAGGAAACCAGACGCUGGCGCUGUGCGGUCGAGGAUGUUGACAAUUGCGUACAAGGAAAAGAUGCAGAUUCCUGCCAACGUUGUCGAUCAGCUCAUCGAAGGCGCUCAGUCGGAUAUAAGACAAAUUUUGAAUAUGUUGUCGACGUGGCGGUUGUCGAGUGAUACAAUGACCUUUGAUGAAGGCAAGGACCUUGCGAAAAUGAACGAAAAAUAUACGAUCCUGACCCCAUUCGACGUGACGAAUAAAAUGCUCGGUCCCUAUCUGUUCUCGAGGACCUCGAGGGAGACGUUGAACGAUAAGAUGGAAUUGUAUUUCCAUGAUCAUUCCUUCGUGCCGUUAUUCAUACAGGAAAAUUAUCUCAAGACCCAGCCUGCGAGAGUGCGAGAUCUGGAGGGUCCUCCGAAGGCGUUGAAGCAAUUACAGUUGAUGGAUAAGGCUGCGUCGUCGAUCUCAGACUCGGAUCUCGUGGACGUCCUCAUACAUGGGCCGGAACAACAUUGGUCGUUGAUGCCGUUGCAUGCCGUGUGUUCUACCGUUCGGCCUGCAUCGUUCGUGUAUGGAGGUGGCAUGGGGUAUGGUGGCCCGAGUGCGAUGUCGUUCCCUCAAUGGCUAGGUCAGAACUCGAAACAAAACAAACUCGGGCGUCAAUUGGGUGAUAUUCAAGCCCGGAUGAGACUCAAGGUUUCGGGGGACAAAGUCGAGAUACGACAAUCGUAUGUACCUGCGCUUCUCCCUUACCUUGUCAAACCGCUCGUUACGGAUGGAUCGGAUGCCGUGGACAAUGUGAUCGAACGGAUGGAUGAAUAUUAUUUGACCAGGGAGGAUUGGGAUACCAUAGUUGAGCUCGGAGUAGAUGAGAACAAGGACGAUGUGUUGAAGAAGAUUCCUACUGCAACAAAGACAGCAUUCACGAAACGGUACAACGCGGGAGAGCAUCCUAUUGCAUUUCAUAAAGCGGUGGAUCUGGGUAAAGCUGCCAAGAAGAUUUCCGGUGGAGCCGUGCCGGACCUCGAGGAGGCAUUCGAGAUGGACGACGAGCUAGCUGAUGCUUCAGAUGAAGAGGCGAAGAAACCAAGUGAGGAUCCAGACAUUGGAGGUGAUAAGCUUAUCGUGAAUAAGUCGAAGAAGGCUACUCGGGGGAAGGGCAAAGCGAAGCGGUGAGGGGGAUAGGAUACAUAUGUCAGUUUUACAGCAAUAGUAAUCAUGCUCAUCCACUAAAUACAAGUUGCACUUCUGUAGCUUUGACUUCGGGGUAAGUAUUAUGAUCUCACGAG